AUGUCGCCUCACGCUCUCGCCAAGCCUCGGGGGAGGAGCUGGGUGCCCUCUCUGGUGAAGACGGAUUCUCCCAUCGAAAUCAGCGUUAAUGGACACUUUGAAUCCAAGGUCUACACGUCCGGUUCAUCUGUCACUGGAACUGUGACCAUCACUCCCCCAAUGAAUCUAUCCUUUGAGUCCCUCGAGGUUGUGUUCACCGGCUCUACUUCGACUCUGGUUCAGAUGCUUCAGCGGGAGGCACCUCGCGCCACACACACCUUCUUGGAGCUCAAGAUGCCAAUUCCCGAGGACUCUCUUCCUGAAUCUGGAGUUCUGCUGGCUGGAUUGCCUUACACAAUCCCAUUCUCCUUUGUGAUCCCUUAUCAACUUCCUAGCGCCUCUUGCAGAAAUAGGAACCCGGUGAUCAGGGAUCGACAUCUCCAGCCGCCCCCCACAAUCGGAUCUUGGGAGCACGACGACCUCUCCAUACAUUCUAUCACAAUCGACUACGCUGUGAAAGCGAAAAUCACCUUGAAGGAUAAACUCGACAAGAAAGGCAAGCCGGAAACAAUCCAGGGCCGUCAUCCCGUCAAGGUCAUGCCCUUCUUCCCCGAACAACCGCCUCUUCACAUUCACCCCGCAAACCCCAAUUACCAGCUAUCACAAGAGAAGUUAGUGCGAAAAGACUUACUCUCAGCCAAAAUUGGUCACCUGAGGGUGACAGCUGUCCAGCCGGAUCCCGUUGUACUGUCUGCCGAUAAGCUUCAACCAUCGGAAGGCUCUGUCGCUGUUGAGCUCGAGUUCUGGCCAGCAUCGUCAAAAGCGACACCGCCCGAAGUCUACGCCAAGGCCGCAUCUCUGCAGGCAUCGACUCAUUAUUCCACAGGGCACAUCAACUUCCUGCCAGACCAGCACAAGCACCCUGUGGGAAUGCCCAAUCCGAUCUUGACCUACUUCAUCGACGAUGCGAUUGUGCUCGACAAACAGGAGAAGUUGGAAUGGGAACAGCAUCCAUCGUCCGGGGAGAAUUCCCGACGAGGCUCCGAAUACUCAAACGAGAGCCAAGAAUCAGCCGGGGCAUCAAGCAGUCGAUCGAGACGGAGUUCCCGAAGCGACGACAUCAUCAAGACGGCGUCUAUCAAGCAUAAAGCAACGCUCAAGGUCCCAUUUGAGCUCCCUGGUCCCGACAAGAAGGUUCUUCUUCCGACCUUUUUUUCAUGUCUCGUAUCUCGAACCUACACAAUCCGGAUCAUUGUGACUACUGGGCCUCAUGGGUCAAGCCUUGCCCUGACACUCCCCCUUCAAAUCGCAGUCGAGGGCUGCAACUCACCACAAUUGGAUGGAAUCCCUCAUUAUACACAGAUCGAUGGCGAGCAGGAUGUUGGUGACUACAUUCUGCCACCAUAUGAAGUCGACCUGUAG